GACAACAGGGUGACAAUGAGUUAUCUACAUGGAAUCUCACUGCUAAAAUUUGCAAGAGACCAGUGAAGAUCAUGUCCAGCACUGGGGAGCAGUUUGUGGAAGUGGACCUAGAUGUCACUGUUCCAAGCAAAGCAGAGUUGUUUCUCCUGAAUGCAGCCAAGAGAAAACACUCUUCAUCAUUCACCAAAGAUGCCUGGAGCUCAAGUUCUUCAUCAGCAGGAAUGAAAUGUCAUGUGGCUCCAUCCAAAAAUUCAUUAGAUGGAUCUUCAGGGCUCUGGAGCAAACUCAUGCUGUCUUUGCAGCAGCAGGCUCCUGUGCUGCUAACUAAAACUAAUGAGGACAUCUCCAGAAAUCCUGAUGUUAUGCUGCCAGAUGAGACAUUGGACCUAGCAGCUGGUCUGAACUUCAUAGGUAUCCCUAAACCUUCAACAGCACUUGAUGAAUCCUCAAUUCAUUCACCCCAGAAGGAAACCAAGAAAGCUGUCAUCAGGGAAGCCUCGCCUUAUGCAUGUCACUCUGGGAAAAGAGUCAGAGGAAAAGCAAGGCUCAGACUGGGCUUUUCCAAUGUUCCAAUAAGUAGACAUGGUGACACUCAAGACACCUCUGAGGGACAUAAGAAUGAGGAAAGCAGUUCUGCUGUGAAAAUGAGUCUUGUCAACAGCAGUUUCUCAUCCUCACUUGAGCAAUAUGUUCAGGAUCAGCUUAAGCAGGAGAGACAGAAGGAAUAUUCAAAAAAGACCAGAGGGAACAGAAGAAAGAAUGUGGAGCACCAGCACCAGGUGGCUCUGGUGUCUCAGCUUCAACACACUGUAGCAGUUCUCAGCAAUCUCCUCCAGUCCACCAGCAAACACCUCAACAAAAGACUGUCUGCCUUAGAGCUCAUGUGUCUCAGCAAUAACUGCCCCAUGAUAAUGACUCAUCCACAGGAAAUGGAAGAUGACUCCUGCUUUUACAGGCUGAAACCAAGAAGGAUCAGUGACACAGCCCUUGUGGCAAGCAGAAAUACCAGCUGCAUCAUGGUGAGGAAUACACCCCCAACAGUCCUUCAAUCAAUCAUGCCUUGGAUGAAGACUGAUGCUGUUCAAAACAAUGAGAGAGUCAAAAAGGCUGAAGUUACUCAGGAAGAGCACUGGAUUGAGCAGCAGUUGUGCCAGGUGCUCAUGUCAAACCAGCACAGUGGUAACACUGCUCAGAAAUUAUCUGUGCUUUCUCACAGAGCUUCACAGAAAAUGAAAAGGAGAACCCAUCAAUAU